AAAAUAAUAUAACGAUCGUGAAUGAGUCCAUGGAUAUCGAUAGAUCCAUGCCGUUUCCUACUUCAGAAGAACCUAUGGAGUUAUCGACACCGGAAUGCAGCUAUGAAGAAUCACAUAUGACAAUGGAAACAUCGUUGGGAGAUAAAAACUUGUACAUUGAUGAGGAAGAAAGCAAUCCAUCGCUGGAUGAAGAGAAGAUGGAGAUAUGCCAGAAUCAGUGCGAUUCGUCCGAUGACGACUAUUCGUUCAUCUACGAUGACCUCAUUGAUUACAAAAGGGAAAAUAUGUUGCGCGAACAGGAUAAGUUUAACAGGAAGGAGGGUGGCUCAAGCAAAGAUCUAUUUUCUGAUGACGACGUCAAAAUGGUCCCAGUGGAUACUAAGCCCAAGAUACGAUCUUGCUGCGAGCAAGCGGCCUAUAUGUCGCAUCCAAAUCAUUAUCAGAACAAGGAAGAAGAACAGGAAUCAAUUUGCAUGGCUGACAACGAAUAUUCGAGCGAUGACUCCGCUAGCACAGAUUUUGUAAUAUAUCCGUUGAACAAGAUUGUAAAUGUCUUCCUGGAUAGGCGGUCUCCGUCAGGUUUCCCGGUGCUAUCACAAAAUCCACCAUUAUGGAAACAAAUACAUACCGAUAAGUACGUACAGAAGACGUCGAUCAUACCGCCGGCCCCGUCGCCUAUGAGACAUUUGUACUACGAUUAUCCCGAGUUUAUGGAGAACCCGAAGAUUGAUACGCUUUUAACAGUGUUAGAUUUUACGAAUGUUAACCAUCUUUAA